CCCCACACAUUUAGGAAAUGAAGAAGGUCCACCUCAGUUUUGGCUCUGCCCUUCCAGGGAGAGUAAACCUCCCUCCCUCCCCCCUUUUGCUUGCAGCUGCCAAGGACUCCACCCCCACCCCAACAUGGCUUAUAAGGGAGGGAUCGCUGGUGGCCAGCAGACUGAGUCAGGAUGCCCUCUGCUAGCCUUCUCCUGCUAGUGGGACUCCUCAGCCUCUGGAUUGAGCUGACACCAAUCUCUGGAUGGAAGAAGCAUGAAAGAUGUCACUACCCUGUUGACCCUGGACACUGUAGAGCGCACAUGACUCGCUUCUACUACAAUCACAAAUAUAACAAGUGUAAGAAGUUCAUUUAUGGCGGCUGUAAAGGAAACUACAACAAUUUUGAGAGUUUCGAGGAAUGCCUUCACUUCUGUAAAGAAAAACCCGGGGUGUGUCCCAAGGCCCCUCCAGGCCUGAUCACUGUUUGUCCCGUGAAGUGUGGAAGUGACUGGGAGUGCCAUGGGAAACAAAAGUGUUGCCCUUAUGGAUGCAUCGUUGACUGCACGGAUCCAGUCUAAGGUUCCCGUCCAUCAAGAUUCACCAUUCAACUUUUCCAAAUUGUGUCUGGUGCCUCAACUUAGACCAAAGACCCACCAGCCGCCAUGGGGACCCUUCCCCUCAAAUACACGGUGGACUAAUUCUUCUUUCCUCAAA